UAUAUUCCUGAGACUGGUGAAAGUGUAGUUGGCAGAAUUUCCGGAAAAGGAAGUGAAUUUUAUCGGGUAGAUAUUGGAAGUGCACACCAAGCCAUUUUACCGUUCUUAGCUUUCGAAAAUGCUACAAAAAAGAAUAGACCGAAUUUAAAUAUCGGUGAUUUGAUAUACGCAAGAGUUUCUUUGGCAAAUAAAGAUAUGGAUCCGGAGCUUCAAUGUUAUAACCCUGCAAAUAAUAAAACUGAGGGGUUUGGCAAAUUAGAAG